UCCUCACAUGUAAUUUGUGGGUGUGUGUUGUCUUUUCCACUCAGUGCGACGUUUUAUUAAAGUUGUAAGAUGGCGACGGUGCAUCUGAGAAUCGGGGAUCUAGUAUGGGGGAAGCUUGGUCGUUACCCCCCAUGGCCAGGAAAGAUAGUAAGCCCUCCAAAGGACCUGAAAAAGCCCAGGGGCAAAAAAUGCCACUUUGUGAAGUUCUUUGGAACUGAAGACCACGCCUGGAUCAAAGUAGAACAGCUGAAGCCCUACCAUGCCCACAAAGAAGAGAUGAUCAAGAUAAACAAAGGGAAGCGCUUCCAGCAGGCGGUCGAUGCGGUGGAAGACUUCCUAAAGAAAGCAAAGGGGAAAGAACAGAACUCGGAUGGCAAAAGUGAUUUGAAAGGAAAGAAGACACCCAGCAAGCCACUGAAAAUACUGGAGGAGGACGAUGAGGAUCUCAGUGCCCUGAAGGACCCCUCUGAGAAGGACUUAACUGACUCUGACCCCGAGCCGUCCACUCUUGAGAGGCUGGGGGCUGGACCUGGCUCAGGAUUCAAAUGGGAAAGCAGUCCCGUAAAGGACGACCCACAUUUUCAUCACUUCCUACUCAGCCAGUCUGAGAAGCCGGCCUCCUCAAUGGAGCCCAUCAGCAAGCGCCUAAAGAUCAUUGAAGAGGACACAGGGUCAACAUCUAUCCAAGCAGCAGACAGCACAGCCAUCAAUGGCAGCAUCACACCCACAGACAAAAGGAUAGGUUUCCUGGGCCUGGGGCUGAUGGGUAGCGGCAUAGUUUCCAACUUGUUGAAAAUGGGUCAUGUUGUCACAGUGUGGAAUCGCACAGCAGAAAAGUGUGACCUGUUCAUCCAGGAGGGUGCCAGGUUAGGCCGGACUCCUGCAGAGGUGGCUUCCAUGUGUGACAUUACUUUCUCGUGUGUCUCUGAUCCAAAGGCUGCCAGAGAUCUGGUGUUAGGACCCAGUGGAGUGCUGCAGGGAAUCAGGCCAGGCAAAUGCUACAUCGAGAUGUCCACUGUAGAUCCAGAAACCAUCACAGAACUCUCACAGGUGAUCACGUCACGGGGUGGACGUUUCCUGGAGGCUCCGGUGGCAGGAAGCCAACAGCUCUCCAACGACGGGAUGCUCGUCAUCCUGGCGGCUGGUGACAGAACGGUCUACGAGGACUGCAGCAGCUGCUUCCAGGCCAUGGGCAAGACCUCCUUUUUCCUGGGCGAAGCAGGGAAUGCAGCAAGGAUGAUGCUGAUCCUCAACAUGGUCCAGGGCAGCUUCAUGGCCACCGUUGCAGAGGGACUAACUUUGGCACAGGCCACGGGCCAAUCACAGCAGACAUUCCUGGACAUCCUGUGCCAGGGCCAGAUGGCGAGUACCUUUGUGGACCAGAAAUGCCAAAAUAUUUUACAGGGCAACUUUAAACCAGACUACUAUUUGAAACAUAUUCAGAAGGAUCUGAGGCUAGCCAUCUCUAUGGGCGACAUGGCUAACCAUCCAACCCCAAUGGCUGCAGCUGCCAAUGAGGUUUACAAGAGGGCUAAGGCACUGGACCAGUCAGACAAUGAUAUUUCUGCAGUCUACAGAGCCUACAUUCACUAGAGCGAGGUGUGACUUACCCUCUGGACCAGACAGUCUUUAAUCCUUUCUUAUUUCUCCCUCGUCAUCUAAUGAGUUUUUUCUUUGUUUUUGUUUUUUUUAAAGUGUAGUUCUUCUGUUUCAUUUUGCCCUAGUGCCAGACACUUUACCUGCCCACAAGUAAAUUUUUCCUCUUUUUUUUUUUUUUUCUUCUCUCGAGGCAACCUUGAGCAUUGCACUGACUGUAUGGGGGGGGGUACGCUGUAAGAAUGCUCAAAACAAGGUUGUUCUGCUGCAGUUUGCUAUGUGUGGGGGGCAGUUUUUUUGGUUUCUGACAACUUAAAAAAAACAAGUAGAAGUAAUGGAGGGUUCCUGGUGAGGAUGUGAGGUCUGGUGCCACUGUAAGGCCAGAGAACUUGCUGUCAGGUUUUGUGGAUGCAGAAACCGUAAAGAAGUUUUUUUUUCUUCAUGUGUUUAUUUAAUUAAGUGUGAUCUUUGCUUUUUCUUUUAAUUAAUUUCUUUUAUUGUCCAGAAAUCCACGGGAGGAAACACCAAGAACAUGCCACUGCAUUGCCUUAAUAUUGUAAGCCCUCAAGUCUUUCGAUUCUAGAUGUAUUUAUUUAUGUUUCCUUCUAGGUCUUCUCGGUGCAGUCUGGUCAUGGCUUCUCUCUGUGUUUGAUGAGAUGAUUUAUGCUUUAACAUUGGUGUUAACGACAACAGAUGUGUUAAGCCCUUAAAAUGCCAUAACAGUUGAUGUCUUUCAUCAAGACUUGAGAUUUCCACGUUUGAAACCCUUCGUUCAUUUAUUUGGAAGAGUUCUCAUUUCUUCUGCAUUUUCCUUUUUUUUUAAUAUAUUAAUUCUGAAACGACAUGAAUCCACCUUUUUAGUUGUAUUUUAACUAAAGUUAAUAAUUCAGCCCCGAGGUCGAUCAUGUUUUUAUUUUAUUUUAUUUUAUAUUAUGGAAGUUAUAACACAAUCAUGGCUGGGUUUUGAAGGUCAAUUUUAGACUCUUGGGACCCAAGUAUUAAAAACCAAACCAAUGGAAGUUUCAUAUGGAGUUUAAAGACUGACACUUGAAGCUGUAGAAAUGAAUCCAACAUCUCCCCCGUCAGAAACAUCACUGAGAAACUGUUACAUCGAUCGAAUACACACACAGCUCACCUUAGCUAAGCUAUUUGUUACAUUUCCAUAUUCACCCACUCUGGGUCCAAAAGUUUAUAUAUUUUGUUUGUGUUUCAAUUUUCAGGCAAAAAUAAAUAGAGGAAGAGCUGUCUGGACUAUAGAGUAAAGGUCCUCACAAGUCAGCCCAGUUUUUGGUCUACAAAACUUGAUUAACCAGUCAGUAUGUUUGGCUGACAACAGAUUAAUUCAUAUAUAUUGGCUGAUGAUUAGGAAGAAAUGUCAGAUAAAUACCCAAAAUAUGUCAGAGGUCCUUUGGAAACUGUCUUCAUUAUUUAAUUACUACAUUAUUCUGGCCUUUUUUUUUCAAAAUAUGCAUGUUGCUAAAAAAAAAAAAAGCAGAUAUUUUUAUUACAGUUUUUAACUUAGGCUACUAAAUUUCUGAGGCUGAUACCAUCAAUUAUUUUCAGCCUCAUCUGGGCAGGUAGGGUUGUGUUCUGUUACCGCAGGUCCCAGGUCUGUGUGUCAAAAUGUCUGAUAGGCAGACUGAUAUAAGACUGAUAUAAAAGUGUUUUUUUUUCUUAAACACAGAUGUAAAGCUCAGGUAAAGUGGCACAUAGUUUGCUGAUGCCCAUUAUUUCUGGGGGGAAAAAAAACACAUUUUGGAAAAUCAUGUCUAAUUUCCCCAAGAAUUUGUAGUAGUUGGCUAUCAUUAUUCUUUAAAAGUUUUUCCAUUUAUUUGGAUUGAGUUCAUAAUUUUUGGACACUUGAAUACAUCAGCUUUGUAGUCCAACACAUACCCUACACGUGUGUCCAGAUAAACAUGGCAAUGUCCAGCAAACCACAGGAGUCAUGUCCUUGAAAGUGAAACUAAGUUCUGGUAUCGCUUCUCGAACACCAGACAGAAGCACCCAUAAAACGAUGCCUUAACUAUCCUUUAAGGUGUUUGUGGAUUGUAAAAAGGGUGUUGCUCUUGUUUUGGCUCUAAUCUGUACCAUGUAGUAUCAGGAAGUAAGUGCAGAAAUGGGCCUGCUCACUAUUGAAACACAAAUACAUUGUAGCAACAAGCCCUGCUAUUCUUCCACUGGAACUCAUCUAGCAUGGAAGUCCAACAGAGAGGGUAACAAUCAGAAAAUGCCAAAUUGCAAUUGCUUCCCCGCAGGAAAAAUAAACCCCACAGUGAUUUGUUCUUUUGCAGUUUAAACCAUAAAUAAAUAGGUUUCUCACAGAACGGAAUCCACGGUGAAGAAUUUUUAUUUAGGUUUCCCAAAUGCUCAAGUGUAAAGACCUGUUUUUAGAAGAUGUGUAAAUAGCACAUUAGGCUGAGUAGGGUUUCUUUUGUAUCUACAAUAACCAGGAUUAAUGAAAACAAAAAUAGGUUUGGUUUUGAUUCUACAGAGUGGCUGUCUAACAUCUGUGUCUUAUUGCUGUAGAUUCUUCAGUUCAGGUGUAAAUAUGUGGCUUAUAUAAUCUGGCUUAUUACUGCAUUGAAAGGACAAUGACUCAGAACCCAUUCUUUGAAGGAGGGUGGAACUUUGGUUUGGGGGAUAUUUAUGAUUUUGUGUACAUGUGAAAAUACCAAGACUUUUGUGCUGUUUAAUAAAUCCUCUCCUGAUCACUGA